CGCCCCAGGUCAAGAGUCAAGACACUCGAAGGGGCAAAAUUUUGGCGCCAAAAUUUCACAUUCUAAAAUCAUUUAGUAAUAAAUACCACUUCACUUCACUUCACAUCCUCUCGCGCGCUCUUUCUCUCUCUCUCUCUCUCUAAAAAUCUGAAAAUGCAGCGCCAAAAAUCUAUACUCUCCUUUUUCCAAAAACCCUCGCCGGAAAGCAAUGGCUCCGGUGCCGGAAAUGAGCUCGGCAAACAGCGUGUUCCGGCGAAGCAAGAGAAACAAAACGGUGUCGCUCUCAAUCAGGCUGCGAAUGACACUGUUAUGGACUCGUCUCUUGAAAUCAGAGGAACCGACACACCGCCUGAGAAGGUGCCACGUCAGAUAUUUCCGGCGAUGUCCACCGGAAGCGAGGACGGCAGAGGUUCUUCACUGUUCUCGAGUAUUAUGCAUAAGUUUGUGAAGGUCGAUGAUAGAAAAAAGGCUACAGAGAGUAACCACAGUCAUGGUGAACAACAUCCCCAAAAAGGUAAUAUUGUCAAUUCGAAUGGGGCAGUUGAUCAAGGAUGUGUCCUGCAUAUUGAAAGUGAUGAUGAUAUUCCCAGGCCAGAAACACCCGGUAUGCAACCUCUUGUUCCUCGUUUAAAGCGAUCUCAAGAGGAUAGUCCAAAGUUCGAUUCAAGCAAAAGGCUGAAACUACUUCAGGAUACAACUGUCCUGAACAAGAAUCAUACAGAAGUUACUGAUACAAUCAGCAAGUUUGAGUGGCUUGAUCCUGCUCGAAUCAGGGAUGCUAAUGGGCGAAGGCCUGGUGAUCCUCUUUAUGACAGGAAGACACUUUAUAUACCACCAGAUGCUUUGAAGAAAAUGUCAGCAUCUCAAAAACAAUAUUGGAGUGUCAAAAGUCAAUAUAUGGAUAUUGCACUUUUCUUUAAAGUGGGAAAGUUCUAUGAGCUAUAUGAACUAGAUGCUGAAAUUGGCCAUAAGGAGCUUGAUUGGAAAAUGACAUUAAGUGGCGUGGGGAAAUGUCGGCAGGUUGGCAUAUCUGAAAGUGGGAUUGAUGAUGCUGUUCAAAAGCUUGUUGCUCGGGGAUAUAAAGUUGGCCGAGUGGAGCAGUUGGAGACAUCUGAUCAAGCAAAAGCCAGAGGUGCAAAUUCUGUAAUUCAAAGAAAAUUGGUUCAGGUGGUUACGCCAUCAACCGCAACUGAUGGUAAUAUUGGGCCUGAUGCUGUUCAUCUUCUUGCAAUAAAAGAGGAAAAUUCUGGCCUGGAUAAUGGUUCAAUUGUUUAUGGCUUUGCUUUUGUUGAUUGUGCUGCUUUAAGAAUUUGGGUUGGUUCCAUCAAUGAUGAUGUGUCCUCUGCUGCUCUGGGGGCUUUACUAAUGCAAGUGUCACCCAAAGAAGUUAUAUAUGAGAGUAGAGGGCUGUCCAAAGAAGCUCAGAAAGCACUCAGAAAGUACUCAUUAACAGGUCCAGCAACUGCACAAACAAGUCCAGUUCAGCCUAUUACAGACUUCCUGGAUGCUUCCGAAGUUAGAAAUUUAAUUCACUUGAAGGGAUAUUUCAAAGGAUCUUCUAAUUUGUGGGAAAAUUUACUUGAAGGCGUAAUGCACCAUGAUAUUGCCUUAUGUGCUCUUGGUGGACUCAUUAGUCAUCUGUCCAGGUUGAUGUUAGAUGAUGUUUUACGGAAUGGAGAUGUAUUACCUUACCAAGUUUAUAGGGGUUGCCUCAGAAUUGAUGGACAGACACUGGUUAAUCUGGAGAUUUUCAACAAUAAUGCUGAUGGUAGUCCAUCAGGUACAUUGUACAAAUUUCUUGAUAACUGUGUAACAUCAUCUGGUAAGCGGCUUUUAAGGAAUUGGAUUUGUCAUCCACUAAAAGAUACUGAAGGCAUAAAUAAUAGGCUUAAUGUGGUUGAAGAUCUAAUGGCAAAUUCAGAAGUUAUGUUGCUUGUUUCUCAAAAUCUGAAAAAACUUCCAGACUUAGAAAGGCUGCUUGGACGGGUUAAGGCUAGUGUUCAGUCAUCAGCUUCACUCGUACUGCCCUUGUUAGGCAAAAAAUUUUUGAAACAGCGAGUUAAAGUAUUUGGGUCACUUGUGAAAGGCCUUCGUAUUGGAUUGGAUUUGUUAAUGCUUUUACAGAAUGAAGGGCAUAUAAUUUCAUCUUUGUCAAAAGUUUUUAAGCUUCCAAUGCUAAGUGGUAGUAAUGGGCUGGAUCAGUUCCUUGCCCAAUUUGAAGCAGCUGUAGAUAGUGACUUCCCAAAGUACCAGAAUCAUGAUGUAACAGAUUCGGAUGCUGAAACACUCUCUAUUCUGGUUGAGUUAUUUAUUGAAAAAGCUACUGAAUGGUUUGAAGUCAUUUAUGCCAUCAAUUGUAUCGAUGUACUAAGAUCUUUUGCAGUCACUGCUAGUUUUUCAUGUGGGCCUAUGUCCAGACCUGUUAUUUUGCCUCAAUCUGAAAACAUAACUAUGGGCCAAGAGACCAGAGGACCAACACUUAAAGUUAAAGGGCUAUGGCAUCCAUUUGCCCUUGCAGAGAAUGGGGGAGUUCCUGUCCCAAAUGACAUAAUCCUUGGUGAGGAUACAGAUGACUAUCAUGCCCGAACUUUGCUACUGACUGGACCGAAUAUGGGUGGGAAAUCAACGCUCCUGCGUGCGACAUGUCUAGCUGUCAUACUGGCACAGCUGGGUUGUUAUGUACCCUGCGAGAUGUGUGCUCUCUCACUUGUGGAUAUCAUCUUCACUAGGCUUGGAGCUACUGAUCGAAUCAUGACUGGAGAGAGUACAUUUUUUAUUGAGUGCACAGAAACAGCAUCAGUUCUUCAAAAUGCGACUCAAGAUUCAUUGGUUAUUCUUGAUGAACUGGGUAGAGGAACAAGCACUUUUGAUGGAUAUGCCAUUGCUUAUGCGGUAUUCCGCCAUUUGAUCGAAAAAGUUAAUUGUCGACUACUAUUUGCUACACACUACCACCCACUUACAAAGGAAUUUGCUUCUCAUCCGCAUGUUACCCUGCAACAUAUGGCCUGUGCUUUUAAGUCAAAAUCUGAAUGCUAUUCUAGAAGUGAGCAGGAGCUUGUUUUUCUAUACCGGCUUACAUCUGGAGCCUGCCCAGAGAGCUAUGGGUUGCAAGUGGCAAUGAUGGCUGGAAUCCCAGAAAGGGUGGUUGAAGUUGCAUCAAAGGCUGGACUAGUGAUGAAAAAUUCUCUUGGAGACAGUUUUAGAACAAGUGAACAGAGAUCAAAGUUCUCAACUCUCCAUGAAGAGUGGUUGAAGAUGCUAAUAGCAGUCUCUGAUACUGGAGAUAGUAAUUUUGAUGACACUUUCGAUACGUUGUUUUGCUUGUGGCAUGAGCUAAAAAGCUCGUAUGGAUCGGGUAACUAAAAAGAAAAGCAUGGGAACGCGUUGUAAAUAUCAAGUUUUGAAAUGAUUAUUACAUUAAAAUAGCAAUGUGAGUACUGGCUUUAACGUUUCAGCCA